AUGUCAAUUAUUACAGACGGUCUCUCGCUUGCAUCAAGAAAAAGCGUUCGAGAUGACUUUACGAAUAAAAUUCCAGAAUUUAAGAAAAAUUUAAAUUCUAUUACAGGAUAUGAUUAUGAAUUUGUUGUGGAUUUUAGUAAAAUUCAUGCUAAUACUGUUAAAGCUGCUCCCGAAAAUAAUGAAUGGAUAACAAAAAAUUUAGGAAAUAUUGCUUUUCAAUAUUUCGAUUCUUUAAUUUCCAAUAUUAAUAUUCAAGAUAAUUAUAAUGAAGUCUCGAUUGCCGAUGGUAAUAUUUAUAUUAAAACACAACCUUGUUAUUACGGUACCAACACUGGAAAUAUUGGCUAUAAUAUUUUAGAAUUAUUGAAAUCUUCAGAUGAAAUAUUACCUUUAAUUACAAAAACGAAUAUUCGCGACGGUUGGGAGAAACAAACAACUUCACUAAAAAAAUCUCUCAAACAGGUUUUGGGAGAGGAUUAUGAAUAUGUGAUCGAUUGGGAAGAUAUUUAUUUAAAAGCAAUUUCAGCAAAUGAAGAUAACUCUAAUUGGUUAUCUUCUAGAUUAGGUGAAAUUGUAUACGCGUAUUUUGAAUCUCUAAUAAAAUAUAUAAAUGAAUACGCUAAAAAGGAUGAUUUGGUUAGAUCGGAAUUGGUUAAUGUUAUUUAUACCAAAAAGUUUUAUUUCAUUUACGAUGAUGAUAUAAAUGAUUAUAAUGCCAUUGAAGUUAAAGAUGGUGAACUUUAUAUCAAAGUUAAACCUGAAUCAUUAGGAACAAAUUCAUCUAUUGGCUAUUAUAUUAUUGAUGUGAUUAAGAAUCCGAAUGAUGUUCUUCCUUUAAGGACAAAAAAAAGUAUUCGAGAUGAAUGGGAAAAGGAAAUUCCUAGUCUCAAGAAACAACUAAAUAAGUGCUUGGGUGAAGAUUAUCAGUUUAAAAUAGAUUUUGAUGAAAUUUAUAUGCAGGUCUCUAAAGCAAAUGAAGAUAACACUGAUUGGUUUUCUAAAAGCUUGGGGAAUAUCACCUUACAAUACUUCAGUUCAUUGAUUAAAUAUAUAGAAGAUUAUACAAAGGAUGAUUUGAUUCGUCAAGAAUUCUUGGAUUUGACUAAUACAAGAAAUUUCCAUCUUGUAAUGGAUGUUGAUGUCGAAGAUUACCAUGAUGUUAAGAUAAAUAAUGGUGGUCUGUACAUUAUGGUUAAUCCUGCUAGAUUUGGCACUAAUGCAUCACCUGGUUAUGAUAUAGUUGAAAGACUUCACGCGCCAGAUUCUGUGCUUCCUGUAAUCACCAAAGUAAAUAUUCGCGAUCAAUGGACUAUGAAGAUUCCUACACUAAAAAAAAAACUUAAAGAAGCUGUUCAUGAUGAAAUAGAAUUUGUAGUUGAUUUUGAUAACAUCUUUGAAACUGCAAAGAAAAACUCGGAUGAUGAUGGUAAAUGGAUUAAAAAUAAAUUAGGUGAAAUCGUUUUUGCAUAUUUUGAAUCUUUAGUUGCGAAUAUUGUUAAAGAUGAUAUGGUUAGAGAUAAUUUUGUUGAUAUUGUGAAAACUAAAAGGAUUUAUUUUGUCUUUGAUGAUGAGGUUAAAGAUUACAAUGACAUUUUGGUUAAUGAGGAUGCAUUGUAUAUUAGAGUUGGACCAAAAUAUUUGGGUACGAAUAGUAGUAACAUUGGAUAUAACAUUAUUGAUGUUUUGUAA